UCGAUGCGGCUAAUCAUCAGUUCAGCGAUUUCUACUGUCAUGACGCUGGGGAUCAGCGUUUGGCACCGCCGAUCAGACCACCACUUCAUUCAACGUCAACAAGCGCAGAAGCCGGCACGCAGCUUUCGCAUGGAGCGACACCGUGCGGAACCAGUAUAAAGGGUCAUCCUUUGGAAUACGCUACCACUGGGCACGGCGGCACCGAAAGAAUGCGGUUCGCUGACAAUCCUCUGCUUUUUGCUGUGCAGCUCUUCGGCCUCCUGCGCACUGUGUACUGCCUCUGCCUGGAGCAUACCGUUGUCGAUGCGGCUAAUCAUGAGUUCAGCGAUUUCUACUGUCAUGACGCUGGGGAUCAGCGUUUGGCACCGCCCAUCAGACCACCACUUCAUUCAACGUCAACAAGCGCAGAAGCCGGCACGCAGCUUUCGCAUGGAGCGACACCGUGCGGAACCAGUAUAAAGGGUCAUCCUUUGGAAUACGCUACCACUGGGCACGGCGGCACCGAAAGAAUGCGGUUCGCUGACAAUCCUCUGCUUUUUGCUGUGCAGCUCUUCGGCCUCCUGCGCACUGUGUACUGCCUCUGCCUGGAGCAUACCGUUGUCGAUGCGGCUAAUCAUCAGUUCAGCGAUUUCUACUGUCAUGACGCUGGGGAUCAGCGUUUGGCACCGCCCAUCAGACCACCACUUCAUUCAACGUCAACAAGCGCAGAAGCCGGCACGCAGCUUUCGCAUGGAGCGACACCGUGCGGAACCAGUAUAAAGGGACAUCCUUUGGAAUACGCUACCACUGGGCACGGCGGCACCGAAAGAAUGCGGUUCGCUGACAAUCCUCUGCUUUUUGCUGUGCAGCUCUUCGGCCUCCUGCGCACUGUGUACUGCCUCUGCCUGGAGCAUACCGUUGUCGAUGCGGCUAAUCAUGAGUUCAGCGAUUUCUACUGUCAUGACGCUGGGGAUCAGCGUUUGGCACCGCCCAUCAGACCACCACUUCAUUCAACGUCAACAAGCGCAGAAGCCGGCACGCAGCUUUCGCAUGGAGCGACACCGUGCGGAACCAGUAUAAAGGGUCAUCCUUUGGAAUACGCUACCACUGGGCACGGCGGCACCGAAAGAAUGCGGUUCGCUGACAAUCCUCUGCUUUUUGCUGUGCAGGUGAGGAAAUAUUACGGCAAGUGUUACCGUUCAAGCGAUCCUUUUCUGCUAGUGCUGCCGUGCCCAUGGCUGUGUUGCUUGCUUGAUAUUGCUGUUAUCUGCCUCCGGAAAUUACUGCUUUUAGGGGGGGACAUUGAAACUAACCCCGGUCCCGACACUGCACAAAUAUUAAAGCAGCUUAGGGAAAUCGCAGCUGAUAUUAAAGAUAUAAAAGAAAACCGCCUGGUAGAAAUUGAAAAAAAGGUAGACGCUUUGUCAAACCUUGAAGAAAAGGUCACUUCUUGUCAGGACCGGCUCUCGCAUAUGAACCAAGUUGUUCUGACGCAUGAAAGGAAAAUAGACGAUUUAGAGAACCACAGUAGAAGACCUAAUUUGGUCAUUUUUCGGCUACCACAACCAGAGGGUGAAAACAGUGGAUCCCUGGAAACAGCCGUAAAUAAAGGUAUCUUUCACGAUCUUCUAGAGCUGGAACCAGUAGCGAUUGAACGCAUUCACAGAUUAGGUCGUCCGUCUCCGAAUAAGAAUCGACCGGUCAUUCUGAGACUGCUCGAUACGAGAGAUAAAACAUUAAUUUUUAAACAAUGCCACAAGUUGAAGAACACUGCUAUAUCAAUAAGUGAGGACUAUUCGCAGAAAGUUUGUGAAGUUAGGCGGAAGCUUUGGGCGAGUGCGAAGGAAAACCGGGAGAGAGGGGACAAAGUUUCCUUAGCUUUUGACAAACUGUACAUCAAUAAUGUGGCGUAUGUUUGGAACGAGGAAAUAAAUGAUAGAGUUGCUGCUCAAAAAACGACGAAGGAAAUUCACGCCGCCCAAUGACCCGUCGUCACGCGCAAAAGCUAAGGUAGACACUGGUUUCGUCGAUUGCCAAGGCAAUGUUUUGAAGAUUCCGUGCUUAGAAAUCAACCGUCCAUUCUACAGAAAUUCAGUUUCAGCCAAAGAAAAACACCUGCGUAUCGUCAAUUUCAACGCUCGUAGCGUAGUAAAUAAGACAGAUAUACUUGAAAUUCAAUUGUUACGGCAUGAUCCACACAUUGCUAUCAUAGCAGAAACUUGGUUACGUAGUGAUAUAACAAAUGAACUAGUCUUUCCACCCCACUACAAAGUCUUUCGCAAAGAUAGAAUGCACAGAGGCGGGGGUGUAGCCGUUCUAGUGAAAGCUCAGAUAGACGCGACGCUUAUCGGUGAUACUCCCGACCUGGAGUGCUUAUGCGUCAAGUUAUCAUGCUGGGGCCAUUGCUUCGUGUUGUACGCAUGUUACAGGCCACCUGACGCUACACCAGAUUACUUGAUUAAACUUCAAGAGCACAUGUCUUCUUACCAAAAUAAGAAAAUUUUAUUGAUUGGUGAUCUGAACCUGCCUGGUGUCAAUUGGGAGCUCCUCCAAGCAAACAAUAAGAGUGAUGAAAACGCUAACAUUCUAUUCGACAUCAUGCUGACACAUGAUCUAAUACAAGUGGUUAAUGAACCCACGCGUGUGCAGGGGUCGUCCUGUUCUGUAUUAGAUAUUGCUGUUCGCAAAAUUCCCAAAACCAUAUCUAUUAAAGAUUAUUCGAGA